AUGCAGACUAUCAUAUGUAUUGGUAUGGCUGGGAGUGGAAAAACCACUUUUAUGCAACGUUUAAAUUCACACUUACAUUCUAAAAAGAAUCCGCCAUACGCCAUAAAUUUGGAUCCUGCAGUUUUAAAAGUUCCAUAUGGUACUCACAUUGAUAUAAGAGAUUCUAUUAAAUAUAAAAAAGUUAUGGAAAACUAUCAAUUAGGGCCUAAUGGUGCAAUAGUAACUUCGUUGAAUUUAUUUUCUACAAAAAUAGAUCAAGUAAUUAAUAUUGUUGAGAAAAGACAGGAUAAUUAUAAAUAUUGCAUUAUAGAUACCCCAGGUCAAAUAGAAUGUUUUGUUUGGAGUGCUAGUGGUAGUAUUAUAACCGAAUCAUUUGCAUCUACUUUCCCCACUGUUAUUGCCUAUAUAGUUGACACACCAAGAAACACCAGUCCCACUACAUUUAUGAGUAAUAUGUUGUACGCUUGUUCUAUUUUAUACAAGACGAAAUUGCCGAUGAUUAUUGUUUUUAACAAGACUGAUGUUAAAAAAGCUGAUUUUGCCAAGGAGUGGAUGACUGACUUUGAAAAAUUUCAACAAGCGCUUAGCGAAGAUCGUGAAUUAAAUGGGGAAGGUGAUAGUAUGGGUAGUGGAUAUAUGGGAUCUUUGGUUAAUUCCAUGUCUUUAAUGUUGGAAGAAUUUUAUUCACAAUUGGAUAUGGUUCAGUGUUCGAGUUACACUGGUGCUGGGUUUGAUGACUUCCUCAACGCUGUCGAUAAGAAGAUGGAUGAAUACGAAAAAUAUUAUAAAGUUGAAAGAGAAAGAAUUUUGAAAGAAAAGGCUGAAAAAUUAGAAAAUGAUAAGGAAAGAUCGCUAAAUAAACUAAUGAACGAUUUGGGAAUUAAAGAUAAGAAUGGAGAAAAGAAGAAAAGCAAUGUUGAUGACGAAGUAGAAGUUCUAAGUGAUUAUGAAGAGGGAGAGCAUGAUGGUAUAAUAUUAAGAGAUGAAGAAGAAGAUUAUGUUGAAAGAGAAUAUACGUUUCCAACCAGUGACAGAGAAAAGGGUGAGGUUAAUGAAAGCACAGAACCAGAUUUACAAAAGAGAUACCAAGAUGCGUUUGAAAGUACUGCAAAACCGGUAAGUGGCGAAACAGCCAAAAACAUAGCGCGUUAUAUUAGUCAAUAG